CAUCUUGCUCUAUGUAAUUGCCCUCACUGAUCAAACGACCGUUGAAGGAUUCCCUAAUCCAAAAACUGGAUCAAGAUUCUCAUCAUUCCCCAAACAUACUUCAUAAAAUAACAUAACAAAACAACAUUUUUUGUUUUUAUUCUUUGAAACAACAUAUAGGUGACAACAUUUAUUAUUUUCUAUUUUGAAAAAAUUAAUAAAACCCCCUUUUAACGGCUCUAUUGACAGACUGCCCACCCCCUUGCCCGCCUCAGUCAAAAUUUGAAAUGCCUCUUCUGAAUCUAUUUCUAUUACCCCAUAAAGUUGCCAUUUUUAAUUGAGUGGUUUUCUUGAACUCUGAACCCCUUUUCCCCUUUUCCUCUUAUCUUUUUCUCAUCUCCUGCCCGUUACAAAUCUUUCAUCUUCGUGUUGUUAUUCUUCUCACUGCAAUUUUAAAAAUUUCAGUUCUUGGAGAAAAAAAAAAUGGGGAGUUGUUUGAGUAAGAAGAACACUUCUUGUUCUUCUUCUAAGUCUACUUCUACUUCUACUGUUGCAGUUUCAAAUACAAAUCAAGAAAUUGUUAAAAAUAGUACCCAAGUGGACAACAAGAAAGAGGUAGAAGGAGAAAGUGUGAAAAAAGAGAUCUUUGUUAUUAAACACAGAAAAAGCCAUGAAGUGGAUAGGAAGACUGAAGAAGAAAAGGGUAUCGUUAUAAAGGGAAUUGAAGUUGUUGAGACUGUGAAAAAUGGUAUCAGUAAUAGCAAUGGUGGGUUAGGGUUAGGGUUAGGGUUAGGCAAAGAGAAUGGUAUUGUUGUAUCGGCUCCCGUGAGGACUUCAAGUUGUACUAAAGAAGAGGUUGAUGCUAUUUUGAUACAAUGUGGGCGGCUUAGCAGGAGUUCAUCUACUGGAAAGACAGGGGUUUUGGGUUCUGGUGGAUCUACUGAUACUCCUCAAAGGAGUAGAAAGUACUCUGGUUCCAAGAGGAGUUUUGAUUUUGAGAAUGACAAUGGAAAUGAGGGGAUGCAAGAUAAUGUAGUAGAUUGUGAGGAUGAUGGGGUUGUUGGGAAUGGAGUUCGUCGCCAUAGGCAACGCCAGCGUCAGCCUAGAACCCCUAAUUCUUCGUCUCAGGGACGGAGGAGAACCCCGAGUAGGGAAAGAGACCAGGCACAACAGCAGCAGCGGUCGGGGAGUAGUAGAGAAAGAGGCAGCAGUGGUGGAGGAGGGGGUAGAAGGGUGAGCAGAUCUCCUGGUAGAAGAUCUGACUCACCAAUUACUACUACCACAAAUGGUGGUAAUGUGGCUUCUGUUAAUGCUAAUGGAAAUAAUGGUGGUAGGCCAGGGAAGAUGAUAUCUGUACCUGCUACUGUCUCAUCUAUGGUGAUGGAUAAGAGCAUUGAUGCUGCUGGAACUGACAAUAUAUCUGCUGCUGCUGUUAAGAGGAUUCAAGUGAAGAGAAAUGCAGGUGGUGACGGACCAAGAACUGCUGCAUCUCCGCGCGCUCGGUCACCAGCAAGGGUGAAUGCAAAGGUGUUGAAUGAGAGAGAUAACAAUACUCAUUCCAAUCAAAAUCAACAGCAGCCCAUGUCCCUUAGCCGUAGCAAUUCAAGGAAACACGAGCAAUCUCCAUACAGAAGAAAUCCUCUCAGUGAGAUUGACAGCAAUGUUGUCUUGGAGCAGAUGCCCGCGCCAGGACUGAAGGUCCCUUCCCAGAAAUUGAAUGCAGAAACUGUGAGCAAUGGCAAAGUCAAGGAGCAGCAGCAGAAUAAUGUUGCAAUGAAUGUGAUUGUAUCAGGACCCGAAAGCCAUAAACCACAGAGAAGCAGGUCUUUAAGGCUAUCUAGAGACCUGGAUAUCAAUCCUGAAGCUCUCUCAAACCCUCCUCAAUCAUAUACUGCACUGUUGCUUGAAGACAUCCAAAACUUCCAUCAAAAGACUAAUACCACCACCCCUGCAUUUUCACUACCACCUUGUGUAACAAAAGCUUGCUCAAUUGUUGAUGCAGUUGCUGACCUGAACUCAACCACUAGCUCCAAUCUGUCCAGUGCUCUCUCCGAUGACAGGAGAAGAAACGCCACAUCUGAGCAAUUUAGUCAGAAUGAUAAUGCUUAUUUCGAUCCUCUAGGGAAGAAGAAGUUAGGGAUCAAGGAUCCCUUCAUGGAGUCUGAAGUUGCUGUGAGUGAUGACCUUAUGGAGCCAAGCAUACAAAAGUACGUAACUUUCAGAAGGGGAACUGAUAUGGAAGAACAAGAAUCCUCAGGAAGCAACAGUGUUGUUGGUGGUCAGCAAAACUGGCUUUCCCCUUCCUCAUGGGAACCAAAUUCGGCUGAUUCAACUGACUGUUGGCCUUCUUCAAAGUCCUACAGUAGAGAUGAUAACAAAAGUCCUCUAGGCUUUCAAAGGCAUGCAAUAUCUGAGAUUAGCCACGACAUGGAAGAAGGAAAAAGAAGAGUGAAUGUGAAGAGGAGGGAAUCUGACAACCAGCAAACAGGAAUAGGCCGUGGCAGAGUUGGACUUAGAGGAGGGAUUUCUAUGGCUGCUUCUACUUAAAACGUUGAAGAAUUUGUUAAGAUGUAUGCAGUUUGUUUUAGAAUAGAAUUUUUAGUUGUGGUUGCACACUUUGCAGCCUUUUGUUUUCAUUGAAGAUUGUAUGCUUUGCAACCUUUUGUUUUCGUUGAAUGUUGUCUGCAAAUGAUUUACUUGAAACAAAUGUAAUUCAUCUACCGCCUA